GGCAUCAAAAUGGCAACACUAAACCAUCCAAGAUCUCCGGAGAAAAACUCCCCAGUGGAGCAGAAGGUCCCAUUCUUCGCUGUUAUCAAACGUGUUGUUUGAGAACGCCCCAGGCUGCCUUCUAACGCCCUUUCUUCCCCCGCUCCCCCCUUACGUGGACGCCAUGACAACUGUCACGUGGGCCUGCAAACAAGCCGUCUCCAGGCUGCACAGGCCCCAGCUACUCCUCUCUGGAAGGAGCAAGAGGGUUUUGUUGCUGAGAUGCACAGAGCCCCCCAGCUGACCUUUCCCUGUGCCAGUGAGUACUCGUGGCGUGCAUGGGAGAAGGCCUACGAGGACCACAGGAGGAAGGUCCAGAGCGCCCAGCCGCUGGUGGAUACCUGCGCCCCGCUGACGUUCCGCCACCUUCAGCUGAAACUCAAGAGGCUGAAGCUGGAGGAGGAACGGCUCUCCAUCAUCCAGAGGGACAACCUCCUGCUUCUGGAGAAGGUGGCCUCUGUCAUGAGGACCAGGAGACAGGCUGGCAGCAAAAACAACUCCACACACAGGAGUCUACACAGGGGGAAGAGAGAACAGGAACUUCGUAGAGUGCAGAAGAAAACAGGGCCGUUCGGGAAGGAAUCACACACUGAGAACCGUGGUGUGGAGCUCAAAGGUGGUGGGAAGACUGGGGCAGAGCUGAGAGGUUUGGGGCGCUGGUGCGGAAUCUCCCCGGAGGCAGAUGCACCAAGCAAAAAGGUACCUGCACCUUCCUUUUCGCCUAAAAUCCACAGCUAUUUGAAAUUUCCCAUUUUACUUCAUCAGAUUCAUCAAAAUUAUGUAUUCUCUGAUUCUUUGCUGUAUUUGAGCAUUUUGUUCAGUUGUCAGCAAGGAUCUGUCCAGUGGUCACACCCUCUAACAGGAGAUGCAGAACAGCCACCCAGCCGACGAACUACCCGCCACGCAUUUGCCCACAAAACUAAGGCAAUUAAAAUAAGGUCAGCUGAUUGACUGCAGAUUGUGAGAGAAAGAUCCGGUGAAAAUAACUUUGCCACAUAAUAUGAAUAAAACAUCAUUAAAAUCAUGUUGACCAGGCACAGUGGCUCAUGCCUAUAACCCCAGGACUUCGGGAGGCCGAGAUAGGAAGAUCACUUGAGCUGAGUUUGCGACCAGCCUGGGAAACAGUGAGCCACUGUCUCUAUUAAAAAAAGAAAAAGAGGCCAGGCGCGGUGGCUCACUCCUGUAAUCCCAGCACUUUGGGAGGCCGAGGCGGGUGGAUCACGAGGCCAGGAGUUCGAGACCAGCCUGGCCAAGAUGGUGAAGCCCCGUUUCUACUAAAAACACAAAAAAAAUUAGUCAAGCGUGGCACACGCCUGUAAUGCCAGCUACUUGGGAGGCUGAGGCAGGAGAAUUGCUUGAACCUGGGAGGCAGAGGUUGCAGUGAGCUGAGAUCACACCACUACACUCCAGCCUGGGUGACAGAGAGAGACUCUGUCUCAAAAAAAUAAGUAAUUAAUUAAUUAAUUAUUUAAUUUUAAUUUUAAUUUAGAAAAGAGAAAAAGGAAAAAAAAAAUCAUGUCAUGAUCUUGAAUUAAAUUGCUGUCCCACAGUCCAGAAUGGAAAGAAUUAAAAAUCUGAGUUUGUCCCACAAUUUAAACUCUAAACUCUUUUCAUUUUAUUCACAUUGGCAGAAUUAUAAUUGCAAAGGCAGAAC